AUCCUAAUCUCGCACUACGACAAAGGGCACAGUCAGCGCGUGACUGGUGCAUGGAUUGCAAUGUAGAGUCAUAUCCAGCUGUGCUCUUCAGGAGAAGGGUACAAUACUCGUUUGUUCAAAGCGAAUACCUCCAUAUCAAUUUACAAAUAGCACAGGUCAUCCCAACCCAGGAUCCCGAGCAACAUAUAGUCCUCUUCAUUGAGUGCACUAAUUUCCCUAUCUACUUGCACACACCCUCUAUAACAUUCCAGCAAGCCGCUCUGAGAGCUAAGAGACUUAUCAUGGCACCCACCCCCAAACCUCACGACUCUGAUCUCCAUAUCGCUCUCGAAAUCCAUGGCCUUCCAUUCUCCACCAUUCCCGCCAACGACCUAUCCCCUAAGCACGCUUCCCACACCUCCGAUCUCCGCGCCUCUAGCCGCAUACAAUCCCGCAACCGAGCGCGAAUGGAGAAGUACUACCACUUCAAAGGCCUCUCUCCCUUCGACCUCCCCUCCCACCCCAACCAACAGUCCCACUACACGCCCCAUUCGCACAUCCCAGACUGCGACUCCAGCAUGUACUUAACAUCCUUCCCGGCUGACCUCUCCACGGCCAUUAUUCACAGAUUCACGCCGCGCGAGGCGUAUCGACAAGCGCAGCAAUGGCCGCGUCCACCUAGCUACCACCACUCGCGGGAGAAGAAGUAUUCUAAUAAGUGGCAGAAACGGCAAUUAUCGAAGAAGGGGAUGAGGAGGGAGAUCAAGGAGGAGGAGUGGAGAGAGGAUCUGGAUAUGAUGGAGGAUACAGAGAAGAUGAUUGAGCGUAUGGAUGCGUAUGAGAGGUAUUGUUAUUUUGGAGAUUAUGCGGAUGUUUUUGACGGUCCUGGGGAAUCAAAGGUGCCAGUGCCACAGACUACCUCUCAACUUCAGGACAUUUCCUCUCUAUCGCAAGCAAUUGAAGAGAACGUGGAUGUGGAUGAGGGAUACAUGAGCUAUAUCUCUGACGAGGACGAUGGGGAAAUCGAAGGGGAAGAGCAGUCUGAGGACGAAGACGACAACAAUUGGCGCAACCUUGGCUGGUAUCCAUUCCGCUACCACUUCACCGCAACUGGGGGUGGGUGGCCAUUCCGAUGGCACAGAAACUUCACCGGAUGUCACUUCAUCGCCGUCUGGACCUCUUGCAGUGAACAGUUCUGCGCUUGUCAUUUAUAUUGGCCCCGCGAUCCAGAAGUUCCUCAGAUGUUCUCGCUGGGAGAAUGGGCGAGAGGAGCGCUGGGGGAAAUGGAAGUGGGAAGGCCAUGGGAUGACGCCAAGAACGAGGUUUUUGGGGGUCCAGAGUGGGUGGAUAGUUCCGGUGGAAUGAGCGUCUACGGGCGGAGUGACUACGAGGACAUGAUCAUGGAUGUGGCGGAGCAGCUAGGGCGGGAUUGGGAUAUCGUGUCUCUGGCUUCUGAGGCUUGGACUGAGGUCGAAGAUGCCUUAUCCGAUAUUGGAUCUUGGUGAGCAC